UACAAAUAACUCAUAGCUAUCCGCCACCACUGACCAUGUUCCGCUAACCUUACCCUCCUCUGGAACCGCGGGACUGACGUCGCACAACCCAUUUUUUCCGCUGUCGCCCUGCAGACAACACCAAUACCACCAGGCAACGUCAACAACGGCUAGAAAUUAUGGCUGCACCAGCACCUAUGAUUCCACGUAAAGAUGAGCUUCAAACGCUAAUCGCGGAGCUCACCAACGUCGCUGCGGACUACAGUGCAAGUCCGGAUCUCCAAGGCUAUGUGUCGCGCGUUCAGGUCAUUGCCAAGUUGAAGGACAUCACGAAGUCGUUGAUUACUGUCGAUCAGCUGCCAAACUAUCAUGGCCUCAAUAUGGCCGAGCUCAUUGCUCUCCGCACAUUUAUUAAGCUCAAAGUUUUUGUCGCCAUUCCCGAAUCAGGCUCAAUUUCACUUGCCGAUCUCUCAAAGGCGACUGGAGCGCAGGAGUCAUUAUUAGAACGAAUGGCACGGAUCUUAGUCGCUACCGGCUUCCUUGACCAAACACGUCCUGAUGGCGGAGACUACAAGCACACCAAAUUUUCCCUCUCAUAUAUCGUCACCCCAGCCCCUGGCCCAGCGAAGCUAUUCCUCUCAAUGUACGAUGAGUGGUUCAAAAACAUGCACAACUUUGACGACUACCUUGCAGCUCACGACCUCCUAAGUCACGCCACGGAGCCAGACAAUCACCUCCACAAUCCAUAUACCUGGACUCACAAGCAAGAAGGUACACCUGUCUGGACGAUCAUGGCUCAAGAUCCCGAGAAAUUCGCCACCUUCCAAGUCGCAAUGUCGGGGCUUGAUGCGGCCAUCCCAGUUAUUGGACACUUUCCAUUCUCAUCUCUUGCGACUCAUGAGUCAAAGGUGCAACUGGUUGAUGUAGGAGGAGGUCAUGGCGCAGUGCUGAAGCAGAUUCUUUCUGUGCAUCCUGAUCUCGACCCAAAGCAAGUGGUUUUGCAAGAUAGGCCCGAGGUUCUUGAGUUAGCUAGAUCAAAUGGGUUGAGUGUAGAUGUGCAACUUCAAGCUCAUGACUUCAUGACAGAGCAGCCAGUUAAAGGAGCAAGGGCGUAUUUCAUGAGGAUGAUUCUGCACGAUUAUGCGGAUCCCAUGUGUGUGGAGAUUUUGGGGAGGUUAGCGGAAGCGAUGGAUGCCGAAAGUAGACUACUGGUUUGUGAGAUGGUGAUCCCGCAGUGGGUUGGUGAACUCGAUUUUCCGGCUGCGGUAUUGGACCAGUGUGUGUUGGCGAUGGGUGGGAAGGAGAGGACGGAAGCUGGAUUCAAGGCGUUGUUUGAGGCGGUGGGGAUUGAGUUAGUGCAAGUCUGGAGGGUCCCUGGAGUUCCCGGUGCAUGUGUAGAGGGAAGGUUAAAGGGUUCAUACCUGGGGAGCCAGAGCUGAUUUUGGAAUACUUCAGACUCAUUGAAAAUACAAGUGUUCGCUGCAUGGCAUUCAGAUUAAAAUCAACCUGGCUUUUAGCAAGUAUAACCGAAUUAGUCUCUUCGAGAGCUCUAUGACUGUUAUUCUAAGCUGGAAAGUUCAUCUCUGCCCUACAGCUUUUCUUGCUACACCUUUCAUAUACAAACAAGACAAUCAAU